UUACCUAGUAUUAGAGAUUAUUGGAAUGUGGAUAGUAGAUUUCCAGAACAUAAGAUAGUGACUUUUAUGACUUUACUUCAUUUUGAACAAAUUAAGCGUUUUAUGCAUAUUUCAGACUGUACUAUUCCCCCUUUACAUUGGUAUUCUAAAUUAGAUCUGUUGACAAGUCAUAUACAAACAAUUUCUAAAUCAAUUUGUAUUCUGUCAUCUAAUGUAUCAAUUGAUGAAAUGAUUGUGCGAUUUGCGGGUCAAACAUGUGGAACUGUUCGAACAAAUAGUGCAAAAUUUCUAAAAAUACUUAAAAUAGAUAAAAAACUAGAUUGGGAUACAUUAUCAGGAGUAGUAGUUGACAAUGGACCAGUAACUAUGUUAACUACCAUUCAUGAAGUUACUGGAGACGAAUGUAGAAUUGAAAGAGUUCGACGUCAACCUCGAGAAAUCAGCACCAAUGUGACAAAAGUACGGGCAGUUUUUGGAACUGCUAGCAAAAAAGCCCUACCAAUUUCUCGUGUGAUUGACGAUUAUAACCACCAUAUGGGUGGGGUAGAUAUAGCUGAUCAGCUUCGUGGGUAUUAUGGUAUUCAAUUGCCAGUAAGAAGAACUUGGAUGCCCUUAUUUUAUUGGCUGUUGGAUACUUCUAUUAUCAAUUCAUAUUUGAUUUUUAAAAAAAAUAGCGAAAAUAUUAGUCAGAAGGGUUUUCGAAUUCAGCUAGUAUGGGAUCUAAUUAGUGCGGGUAUGGAGGAAAAUAAUUCAACAAAAAAACUAAACACCCAAAGUCAAACCGAAGAAUUGGCUAAAAAUAUUGAUACUCAUCCCUCUAGAAAACAAUAUGUAACAAGUAAGUUCGAGCUUCUCUUAUUAAGAUUAUCUCUGGAAGGACAUUUACCUGAAUGGAGAAAAGAUAAAAUUAGCUGUGUAUGGUGCAAGUAUUUGGUAAAAAAAAAAAAUGAAAAAGCAUCCAAAAAUCCACCACAAUCUCAG